CGAAUGAUGUUUACAAAACACAAAAUGGAGAAAAAUGCGUCAAUUGUUUGCAGCUAGUGUACUGCUGUUUAGGUGAACAACUCAUAUGCUUGGGUAUUUAAGCCAUGGAAGGUGAAAUUGAAAACCCAAUAGAAGUACCAAGCUCUCCCUCAAGUUCACAACCAACAACACCAUCUAAAACAACAAAGGACAGAAUGGAAGAAUUUCCCAGUAGAGCCUCAUCAGAAUGUAGCAGUAAUAAAAGUAGCUCAGAGAAAACGCCACCUCUCAAACACUCUUAUGAACCUCGUAGCUCUGUUGUGACUGGGGACCUGUUCCAUGAUAAUGCCAGUACCUGUUCCAGUACAUCAUCUACAACCACCUCUUCUGUACCCCCACUUAAUAAGAGGUUCCCAAUCAGACCUGGUAUUGUAUGGAGAAAAGGGGAGAAAAUAGAGGCAAUGGAUUUCAUAGAAAAAUGGUACCCAGCAAAAAUUAUAGAAAUAGAUGAAGACGAUAUAGCAGUGCUUAUACAUUUUGAAGGAUGGAAUCAACGCUAUGAUCAGUGGAUGGACAUGGGCAGUGAAAAAAUACGACCUAAAGCUAGGCAUUCUGGGAGGAAAGAAAAGAGAAAAUCUUUGAAUAAUGAAUAUAAAGUUGGAGAUCAGGUGUAUGCUAGGUGGACAGAUUGUAAAAUGUAUCCAGCAAAGAUAACAGCCAUUCAAGCUGAGGAUACAUUUGAGGUUUUUUUCUACGAUGGUUUCAAGAAAGUUGUACAAGGAAUGAACAUAAAGCCAAUGCCACCUGAACUAAAACAACAGAAAAUAGAAAUUGUUCAUGUGUUACCAAAAGAUAUGAGAAAAAGGUCUUCAACAGAUACUGAAGAAGGCAAAAAGAGACUUUCAACAGAAACUGAAGAUGGCAAAAACAGACUUUCAAUGGAAAGUGAAGAUGGCAAAAAACGACUAUCAACAGACAUUGAAGAUGUUAAAAUGGAACCUUUGACAGAAAGUGAAGGAAGGAAAAAGAGGCGUUAUCAAUGUGACAAAGCCGCACCAUCAGGAUUUGAAGUUGAAGCUGCGCUUGUUCUCCCUCUGGUAGAAGAACCAGCGGCUAAAAGACAUAAGAGAGAAAGAAAUCCUGAAACAAGGAGAAAAGCAAUGGCCAGGAAAAGACAAAGGAUGUUUAUAUCAGGGUCAUUAUUUGUCAGCAGACGACGACCGAAACCUAAGCCAAAGAAGUCACCGGUUAAACAUGGGGUACUGCCAAGGCAGAAUUUACCUGUGGGCACACCAGUUUCUUCACCUAGCGUUCCUGGCAUAGCCUCCACGCCAAACAUUCCUAUUGCAUCAUCAUCACAGACUAAAAUCACAAGUAGUUUGACUGGAAACUUCCCAUCAACACCUUCGCCUUUGUCUCCAGUUACAUUAAUAUCAGUUGAAAAGAAGAACAAGAAGAGAAUUUUGUCCCCAGCAAUCUCAGAGACCAGCAGUGAAUCCCAGUCAGAGGAUCACCAGGCUAGGGCAAGACGUAGGAGUCGAUCUUCUACAGCAGAAGACAGAGCUGCUGUGAUGUAUACUCCUCCUACUAUUGGUUUACCACCAAAGGGCUUUGUCGUAGAACAAGACCACAAUCAUUUUAAGUGUAUGUUUGAGGGAUGCACCAAAGGGUUCCGUAAGGAACAGCUCCUUGAUUCUCACAUCAAGUAUUAUCAUAUGGACUUUGUACAGCCAAGUCUUAUACGGAAAAGAAGGAAAACCUCAAGUAUUUGUUCCACUGACUCUGAUACAUCACAGGUUGAUAUAAAGAAAAGACACAUGUCAGCUGACAGUGCUCUACAAACAAUAAACCAAGAACAUGAGGAUGUGGAUGUGGACGAUAUGCAUAAGGCAGAACAUAGAGAGGAAGUCAUAGUUGAAACAGAACCUAAACAGGAAGUUGAUACCAUGGCAACGGAAGAGUCCAUUGAAACAGAGGAUGAAUUGAGCAAAGAUGAGGUUGUUAAUUGUAUUUGUAUGGUCAAUGAAGAAAAUGGCUUGAUGAUUCAGUGUGAAGUAUGCCUGUGCUGGCAGCAUGCUCUGUGCUUUGAUUUGACAGAGGAAACAUUACCUAGAAAAUACAUUUGUUUUGUGUGUAAAGACCCACCUGCUGUAAGAGAUAGUUGUAGGUACAUCCAUGAUCAGGAAUGGUUAAAGACAGGAGAGUUGGCUCAGUUUAACUUUUUACCAAGUAAGAUGAGAGAUGAAAAUAAGUGCAGAACAAACCAGGCAACUCACAGCCUGGUAGCAGACACACUUAACAUCAGUCGUGUAAUACAUGGUGUGAAACAGAAAAUACUGGCUUUAGAAGACAAAAAUCAUCCAGAAUAUAAACUAUGGAAGAAAAACUGGGACGAGGAGCCUGAAGACAUAAUAGCAGACGAACAUGAAAGUGUUACCAUGGAGAUGGAUGAUGAAAAAUGUGAAAAUCUAGAUCUUUUAGAAAGUGCUGCAAAAAUGAAUUCUGAACUAGGCAAAACAUCUGAAAUUACUGAAAAAUCUGGGUUUCCAAGGGAUAAAAGUGUAGGGGUCUGUGUUGCUAAGACUGAAAAUGACAAGCAUGAAGAUGAAAAUUUAAUUCAUGAUUCUAUGGACCGUGGAGCUCAAAGUGAGGAGGAGGCUGGGAAGGACAGUUCAGGUGAAAGUUCGGUGAAUGCUGAUAGUGAAUCUACAUUGUCUGCUCCAGAGGCCAUUGCUCAUCAAAACAUGCAGGAUCAUGAAGCCUCCAUGGCUGAAGAGAGCAUUCAAGGGGAGAUAAUUGAAGAAAAAAUGGAAACUGAAGAGGUUGAAGAAAAUGUAAAUGUUGAAAAAGUAGAUCCCUACGUCAACUGUGAGAAGAAUCUGUUACAUCACAUUAUAAAAAUGCAGUCUGUGUUAGAUGAAAGGCUGGAUUUGAUAGAGGAACAAGUAUCAGCUUUGGAAAGUACUGAUACUGAAGAUAAUCCGUCGGACAUAUUAUCUGACCUGCCAUCAAUCAAGAAAUCACUUCACAUGUUACAGAACGAUCUCGUCAAAGUGGGAAGGAUGGCAGCUUAUCAUAGAUGAUACGAGAUUAUUCAUGUUAUUGGGAGAUAUAGAGAUAAUUAUACAGGAACUUGUGUAGGAAUGCCUAUGCUUGCAGUGUGAUGUGUGGGAUAUACGGGGUAGAAAAAUGGGGAUGUGAAAUAUAGGGGGUAAGCAAGGUUGGGAUGUGGGAUUUGGGUGGUAAAAAAGUGGGAUAUGGGAUAUACUGGAGUAGGAUUAAAAAAAAGUGGAAUCUGGGUAAUAGAAGAAAAAGUGGGAAUUGGGAAAUAAGCACCCCUGUGUCACCCCCUCUGAAGUGUAAAGAGUAUUUAUUGCUUUGUUGGUAGUAAUUUUACAAAUUUUAAUUUAAUUUCAUCCGAAAAAAGGAAAAUAUUGACCUGUAAUUUAUACUAUAUUGUUUUUUGUUGUCACUAUGGAAAAGAAACUGAAACUGAACCAUUAAUGACAAUGGACAAGCAAGUUGGACUAGUUACCAGGGGAAUUAACAACUAUAUGGAUCAUUGAUGUAUAAGAUAUUUUAUAUAAUAUUUAUACUAAGUUGCUUAAAUCCAGGUUAUUUUAGACUCUGUUGGAUUGUAACUGUUGUCUCAUUGGUAAUCAUACCACAUCGUCUUAUAGUUCAUUAUUAUAAAUAGUGCUAUUUUUAUUUCUACAAGCAUAAUUUACAACAGUUUCAAAUUUUCAAUAUUUUGUAGCAUAUAUGUGCUUAGUUUAGUGUGAUGUCCAUUUUCACUGAACCAGUACACAAUUUUAUUUAGGGGCCAGCUGAGGACCACCUCUGGGUGCGGGAUUUUCUCGCUGCGUUGAAGACCUAUUGGUUGCCUUCGGUUGUUAUCUGCUCUUUGGUCGGGUUGUUGUCUCUUUGACAUAUUCCCCAUUGCCAUUCUCAAUUUUAUGAUCUGCACAAUCAAUAAGGAUUUGGUAUAUUGUAAUUUUGUAUUAUAAGAAAAUAAUGACUUGUUAGUUUUACCACUUUCUACAUUUUUUGUUUAAAUUUUUGAACUAACUUAAAUAAUGCCAUCACAUGAGUUAGUAUUGAAGAAAAAUUUUGACCAGACUGCAGAUUGCUGUGGAAAUAAAGGGAGGUAAUUAUAGACGAUCAAGGACUACUUCAUAUUUUAAUUAGCUGGUAGCACUGAUUAUUUAUACUCUUGGUAUUGAUGAAACAAAUCUUAGACAUAUCUCAACCAAAAAGUUUUUCUGCUUGAAUCUGGUUCAACUUGAUAAUACAUGUAUACACAAAAAAUGAAAAUUUUAUUAUAUUAAGGUAUCUGAAUAAUUUUUUGGAAUUCUUGUUUUUCUUUAUAAUGUUAAAAAUUAUCAAUAUAUGUACCAUACUGUGGAUUCGUUAUUAUUUGUUGGAUAAAAAAGGGGAACCAGAAAUUUAAAUGUGAAACGAAUUACAAAUUUUUGAUUGAAAUGUAUUCAGACUUUAUAUCAAAACUACAAAAUCAAAUGUCCACAAAAAGUUUAUCUCAAUCCACUUGAAUUGGUACCCAAGAAAGUAAAUGAAUCCACCAUAUUGGCACAUCACAGAGCCUGAAAUUGUUUAUUUAUCGUAUGUUCUUGUAAGAGGCCUGCCAUAAUACAUGAGAUUAUCAUUGUAUCGUCAAUUUGUUACUUGUAUGUUCUUUCUCACUUUUCUUUACACUUUCAUCUUUACCAUAUGUAUUCAUAAUGUUUGGGUGCAUUUAUUUAUGAACAAAAGGCAGCAACUUCCGUUUAAUUUCAUGAUUGAAAUAUUGUAUACAUUACUGUUAUAUGUUUAUGCAUUCAUAUUUUUUUGGGGGGGAAUGGGGAGGAGUAGAGGCCCAGUACAAUAGUGCUAUUAUGCUUUGUGUUCCACUGUAUUAUACAUGCAAUAUUGUUAAUUCGUAGUUCUAGGAAAUAAUGUCAAUCAUUCCAAGCAUACAUUUGUACUGUUAAUACACUCCAAUACUGUAAAUUCAGAAAUUAUUGCAUGCAUUUAUUAUUGCGAUGUUUGAAGAAUGGACCACAAUGGGAAAUUAAUUAUUGCGAUUUCAGGACAAUCUGCAUACAAUUAUAUAUAUCAGAAUGCCAGUUUUAAUCAUUGUGAUUCAUUCAGUCGCAUUAUUCACAUUAAGGUGGUACCCAACACCUUGACUAAUAUUAAUUUGGCUCGUUUAAUUUUCAUAAAAUUUUGACAAAAUGUUUACUUUGACCCUUUGACAAAAAUAUAAAAAUUUCAAAAAAUUUGAACCAACCACUUUAUCAGAAAAAUUUCAUUGGUUAUAUAGCAGUUUGACAAACACUGAUUUUGAUCAUUGAGAAGCUUAAUAUUUCCUUAACAAUACAAUGUAAUUAAAACGUUUAGCUGAUUUUUACAGAGUUAUCUCCCUGUAGUGUUAGGUACCACCUUAAUUAAAACCUCACAAUAAUUUCUGAAUUGACAGUAGACCAUUUUAGUUCAAAUAAAAACUACAUCUUGCAAAUGUAUAUAGCCUGAAACAAAAUAUUGUAAUACAUAUGCAGACCUGCCAACUAUCCCGAUUUAUGGGGGAUAUCCCCCAUGAGAGGUAUAGACCUGAAUUUUGAAAUUCUGUAUUAAAUUGACUGAACACCUCAAAACAGGCAUUCAAAUGAGUUAAAAUGGUGUUUAAGCACAUACAUACUCAUUCAAACAAUAUAGUAGAUGAUUAUGAACACUUAUGACAAUAUAGGAGGCACAUUAGGUCCUCUUGCGCUUAAAAUCCUCCAUGGAGAUUUUGAAAAGUUGGCAGAUAUGCAUAUGACAAUUUGGAUAUAACAAAAAAUCUUCAUGUCGCUACAAAAAUUUAGAGUUAACUCUUGAUUAUAGAAUAAAAAAGAAACUGUUAUUUAAGAAGUAUAUUAUAAUGAGCGAUAGCGAAACAAGUAUAUGUAAUGAGUUAUAGCAGUGUAUUCACUAAAUAUUCUUAUAUUUUAAUCUGAUCUGGCAUGGCUUGUCUUAAUUUCGUUAUAAAAUCCAUUAAACAAGAAUGAUAACCAUUCAAUACAGUCGAUUUGUAAUAAAAAAAAUAUACCUCAAUAUACAUUGUAUCUGUAUACAACAUUUAUAGAUAAAACAUUGUAUACAAGUAAUAUUUCAUAAUUUAUUAUUUAUACUAAAUAUAAUUCAUCUUUGAUACUAAAAUAUCUUGAAAUAAGAUUUUUUUACUUUAUCAUGUUUAUAAAAUAAGUUCAAUACUGUCAAGCGACAAGUUACUUUUUUCAAUGACAUUAUCAACAUACUAGUCUGAUUUUUUUUUUUUUUUUUUUAGCUACCAAUACUAACAACUUUUCAAACAAAUUACCUGUACUCAUUAUACAAAGCACCUCAUUAUCUACCUCAUUAAAGCCAUACCUGACCAGGUCAACAUAUUUGAGUGAUACAUUCAAGAAGAUUUUCAGCAUUUUGUAUUGUUUAAGACAGCUUUUGAGCUAAGUUUUAUUAGCAUUUAUGUAAAUCGUAGAAUCUUUGCUUGCAUGUUAUAUAUAUUGUACAAUGAAUUUUGUACCUGUUACCCUUAAAAUGUUAAUUGUUUGUGUUGUUGUAUAAAGAUACGUCUGUUGAUUAUGAAUUAAAAUUCUUACACGCUG